GUUGUUGUGUGCACUUUCUCUUUGUCCUGGAGAGGUGUGUGGGUUGAGCGUGAUUUGACCGUAAGACAGAAAGUGACUUCAGAGGGAAUUACUGAAAAGAGCUGAACAUCUUUCGAGGAUUUUUUUUUCUUGGAGGAACUGUCACUCAUUCAACAUGUUGGACAUGGAAACAAAUGGCAGAUAUCACUGAUCUCUGAUGAGAACUUUUAAGGACGUGAAGGGAUUUAAAUGAGGAUAAGUCAACAGUCUUUACAAGAUUUUCUUCAAGAAAAAGUCUUGCUUUACUUCUGACUGUUUCUUGGUGGGACUUCAACAGCUGGAUCAGUGUGAAGGUUUUCAAAGUUGACUUUGGGGAAAUAUUAAAGGAUAUUUAAUUGUAUUCCUCGGGAUUAGAAUCAAAUUCUGGUUAUUUUGAAGACUUUUUUGCAGAUUUAAAACAGCUUUACACUACUUUUAGACAACUUGUUGAUAUUUAUUUGCUCGUGAAUCUGACUUACUGUAGGUGGUGAGCCAACUGUGAGAUGUACUGCUAAAUAUUUCAUCUAUUAUCAAAGGAUACAAUCAAUCAACAUCGAUCAUUUUCAGCUUCUUCCACUUAGUCCAGAGGGACAGUGACUGAGAGGAAAAAUCACUUGCAGAAACCUACCUCAAGUACCAACCACUUUCAUUAUUAAUACAUAAACCAGAAAGAGGAAGAGAGGCAGACAGAGAGAUGGCACAGAUAGAUGGAGGAAAAGAGCAGGGGCGUGUCAAGGACCAGGACCAGCCUGGAGCCAAAGCUGCUGUUGGAGGCCCAACAGCAGGCGGAGGAGUGGUGGUGGAGGUCAGGGAGAAGAAGGGACCUCUGCGGGCUGCGAUACCCACAAUGCCUUUCCCUCUGGCUGUCAUCUGUCUGUUUCUGAACACCUUCAUACCUGGACUCGGUACUUUCAUCUCAGCGUUCACAGUGCUGUGUGGAGCUCGCAGCGAGCUGAUCUCAGAGCGAGGUGUUUGUUGUGUGUUCUGGCUCAACGUGGCAGCAGCCCUCAUUCAGAUACUGACAGCUGUUAUCAUGGUUGGAUGGAUCAUGAGCAUCUUCUGGGGAAUGGACAUGGUCAUCCUGGCAAGCUACAGAGACCAGGGGCUUCCUCAGGACGUCUGAAAGAGGUCGCUCUCCUGUUUGAUGGAUCACACGGACAGUCUGACCUCUUUACCCUCUCUGAUGCCUGAUGGUGACCUUUAGCUUUGUGAUGACCUGCCGUUGCCUAUAUUUCAAACGCCGGCCCACAGAGAGAAGCAGAGACGUGAAAUGUAAAUUUGGCACAUGGGAAACGAAGGAAGGAAAGAAUCAGCUGACUGCUUCUGAUUGCACGCUGCUGAUUGGCUGAGCCCACUUCUACAUUUAAUUUAAAAGGAACAAGACAAGGAAAGAGAGACUAAAACUGUACAGUCACAAGGAAACAAUGUGUUUGUAUUUUGUUGAGUGAGUAACAGUGAUUUUUGAAUUCUGUCUUUUGAUAUUAUUUCAUGUAUUUGAAAAAAAAAGUUAAUAUGUAAAAACUUGUAGAGCAGACUACAUGUUAUCUACAUGACAGGAUGAAGGAAAUGAAGGAAGGACAAUGUGUUGGCAUGACUGAGGAAAUUUAGAUGCUGAGUUGCAAGCUUUUUUUCCGUAUUUUUGGCUUGUGAAUUUUGACAGAUGAAAAAAUGAAGGAAAAAAAUCAAACAAAAACACUGACGUUAUGUGGCGCAUAACAGUUUUUCCAGAACCAGCGUAACCAGAGUUUUCACUGCCUCUCAAUUGGCUGCCCUGUGCAGCAGCCAAUCUGCUUAAAGAAGUUAAUUUCAGUGUUAGGUGUCACUGGGUUUAUCUGUUUCAAAGACUGACUUUAGCAUUAGCCUACAGUGGGAUUUAGUGGCCUUUCCAUUGUGUGGUUCCAUCUCUAACUGUUCAGUAAUAUUGUGUUUACAGCCAGUACAAAAUCAUGCUGAUUUGCCACUUAAUCUGACAAUCCCUGAGCACAAAAUCAAAAAUUACUAAAGUGAUGAAUGUAGAGCAAACAUGUCUUCCACUGGAACAUGUCAUCCAACGACCCAGUCGACAGAAAAAAAGUUUGCAUUGUACAUUUCUGCUAACCACAGUUCAGUCAGACAACUCACGCUUAAAUGUUCAUUUCAACAGCAGAACAUAGUUAGAGUUUGACGUCUAGACUCCGGCCUCAUCACUCCCUGCAGAUGUUUACAUAAGACAUUGGAAAGCGAUGAUUAAAUACUUUCCCCUUUAGCCGGAGCCUGCAGGUGGAUGUUGGGGGGGGAGGUGGGGCUGAAAGAGGGAGCAGCAGUACUGAUGCAGGGCAGCAGCUGCACAGACAAUGCAAAGGGAGAGCUGGGAAGAAUUUGCAGCCUAGAUAGACCAAAUUUGUACUUUUCAUAUGUAGCAGAUAUGUUGAAACUUUAUGUUUCAGUUUUCAAAUUAUAUGCUGUGACAAUAAUGCGCUUAAUGUGUGGUUAGGCUGAAGCACAAAAAACACUUUGUUAGGGUUGGCAAUUAAUUGUGUUUUUGCUUAAAAUGUCCAGUUUGGUCAUCACAAACACUGCUGGAAAUAUGUUGUUCAUUUUUGUCACCUCAAACAUGCCUGGAAAAUGUACUAACAUGUCAUUUAAAAAAUAUCCACUUAAAUCACAACAAAUACACCUGGAAAUAUACUGACGUGUCAUUUAAAAAAAUACCCGGUUUUGUCGCGACAAACACAGCUGGAAAUAUGCCAACAUGGUGUUAAAAAAUACCCGCUUUUGUCGCAUUAAACAUGCCUGGAAAAUGUCCCAAUGUGUCAUUGAAAAAAAUAUCCAGCUUUGUCGCAACAGACACAGCUGAAAAUGUCUCAAUGUGUUGUUAAAAAAAUACCCAGUUCUGUCGCGACAAACACAACUAGAACAAGAGGGACUUCGUCCUUCAGCUGAGGUCCCUAAAUAUCCCAACAUGUCGUUGAAAAAUAUCCACUUUUGUAGCAUCAAACAUGCCUGGAAAAAUGUCCAGGCAAGUGUCGUUCAAAAAAUAUCCAACUUUUCAACAAACACAGCUGGAAAUGUCCUGAUGUGUUGUUAAAAAAUAGUUGGUUUUGUUGCAUUAAACACGCUAGAAAUGUCCCAGUGUAUCAUUUUAAAAUAGCCGGUUUUGUCGCGACAAACGCAACUGGAAAUAUCCAAACAUGUCGUUUAAAAGAUCUCAAGCUUUGUCGCAACAAACACAGCUGGAAAUAUCCCAACGUGUCGAAGAAAAAUACUCACUUUUGUCGCAAAAAACAUGGCUGGAAAUAUCCAAACAUGUCUUUUAAAAGAUCUCAAGUUUUGUCGCAACAAACACAGCUGAAAAUGUCCUGAUGUGUCGUUUAAAACAUCUCCAGCUUUGUCACGACAAACACAGCUGGAAAUGUCGCGACAUGUCAUUCUAAAAUAGCCGGUUUUGUUUGUUGGUCUUGAACAGUGGUCUGCAGCUUGACAGCUGUCUCGCCCAGGUGUUGCUCCAUCCACCACCUCCUGCUCCUCCUCCUCCUGAUGAGAAACUCAGCCAUAUACAUAUAAUCUGAACUACAUCACUUUUGAAAUGUUGAUAUGAUACGUAUGAAAAGUACACAUCUAACAUGUCUGUGGUUUGCAGAAAUGUACAAUACCGAGAUUUUAUUCUUGCGACUGGCCUGGAUCAAACUAUAAAUGGCUCUGAUACUUAAUAUUCAGGUUAGUGAGUUUGAAUGCUAACUUAAUUAUGUUGGAGGAAUAAUUUGCCAUCAGCCUAUAGUUAUUGCAGCUACAGAAUUUUACUUUCCAGGCAAUGUUUUAGUUUAAUAGCAAACACAUCUUUAACACAAUGAGUCUCACUGCUGGUCACAAGAUGUGUGUCAUCCUAAAAUUGCACUGCUGUGUGGAAAAUUGACUCACGCCUCCUGAUAAUUGUUUGAUUUGAAUUUUCAUACCUCUUAAACAUGUAAAACAGUAUCAGCAGAGGGAUAUUAAACCUUAUUAGAACAUGGUAUCUAAUUAACAAUAUGCCACUCUGGAAAACCAUAGUUAGCACCCUGUCUGUCACAUCAUGACAAAGACACAGUUACAGUGAUGUCAUUUAGGUUUGACUUUGACUUUUUUUGAACAGCCUUUUUUGACUCAGUAAGGAUCAUGCAUCAUUCACAGAACAGACUAGAUGAAUAUUAAAACCAUAAAGAUUUUAGGUUGUUGAAUUCACUGUUUUUUUGUGUACAUUGUGUAUAUAUUAACAUGUGGGUGUUUGUGUGUGACUGGUAGUGUGCAAUAUUGGAAGUGGGGACUGGAGAAUAUAACUAUGUGGGAAGGUGUGCAGGUUGUAAGUUAAUAUGAACAAUUCUAUCGCGUACAAGACUCAAUCGAAAGGUUGUAUAAUUUAUCACAGCUUGCCUUGGAACUGUCGAUCCAAACAAAGCCUUUCCCAUGAUGCCGCACUGGCUUUCUCACGCGCUGUACUACUGGCUCACUUCCCUGAAAAUUUUCCAAGAGUAUCAAAAGUCAAAGAGCUUUAAACAAAGAGAAUUAAACCAGCUUAGCCUCAGAUGCAACACUGAUAGAAAGUGGUGCACUUCAAAAUCACUGCAGGUGUGUUUGCAGGAAGUGGUGGGUGUUAAAUUCAGUUACUGCUGAACAAAUGGAACGGGCCCAAAAUGGCACUGUUAGACAAAAUACAUACAGUACACCUUAAAAAACAGAAAUGCAGGUUUUUACCUCUUGUGUAAUAAGGGAUAGACUGAGCAAAUGCCAUGCAGCAUUUCUGGAGAAAAGUGGAGAUAAAUUAUGGUGAAAUCAUGAUAGCGGUUGUGCCUCUACAGAAAUCAAACUCCAUGUGCAUAACUCACAAUGUUCAAUUGAUUUUCUACCUGUUCUGUUUCUCUGUUUUGUUUUAAAUAUCCCUGUAGGUUUUAUUUAUCUUCAUUAUCUUUGCCAAAUGCCUUUUUUAAGAGUAUUGCUGUAUUUUCAAUGACAACAUUGUUUUUGACUGUGUAUGUGUUGUACACUGUGUGUGUGUGAGACAGAUGAUGAGGAUGAUGUCUGUAACUGUGACAAUAUUUUAUGCCUUACCAAUGACAAGUGUUCUCCCAGAAGUGUUUCUGUAGCAGUGAUGCUGGAGUUUUUUGCUUUGUUGAGGUUUGGGUGCAAUUUAUAGAUCUGAAAUAACUGUUAUUUGGACACUUUAUUAUAAUGAUGGUGGUGUCGUGCUAGCUUUUUGAUUGUAGGAUAAACAUACUGCCAUGUACAGUUUUCUGCAUGCAACGCUUUGGUGUCGAGUCACUGUAUAGAUUAACACAAACACAGACUAACUUUUGCUAUUUUAAGAUUGUAGCUUCAUUCUGUGACUUUGCAACAUUGGUUUUAUUUUAAGUUGUUUGAGGUGACUGAUAAAAAAAAA